CUUCCGGCCUCGUCUUGCCGUCCAUCCUCUUCCUCAAGCUCUUCCUCUCGAGGAACGCCCUCGCUCCGCUCGCUAGUUGUUCCAUCAUACGCCUGCGAUCCCUAUAGUAUAUGUCGUUAAGCAGCAUAACGGCAACGUAGCAGUGGUGGCUUUCGCGUACCCCCCCGCGCCUUGAAGAUGGCUGCUGGCGAGAGGACUAAGUUGGUCGUUGUUGGCCUGGGAAUGGUCGGCAUCGCCUUUAUAGAGAAACUCUUGAAGCUUGACGCGAGAGCUCGCGCAUAUGAUGUUGUUGUUAUCGGCGAGGAACCUCACCUCGCCUAUAAUCGGGUCGGCCUUACCAGCUUCUUCAGCCAUAGGAAAGUUGAGAAUUUAUACCUGAACCCGAAAGAAUGGUACAUGUCGCACGCCCCGGACGGCAAACUCAAUUACCACCUGAACACCCUGGUCACUAGCAUCAACCCUGCGAAUAAGACUGUGACCUGUGCCAGCGGCGACGUAGUCUCGUACGACAUUCUCGUUCUAGCCACGGGGUCCGACGCUGUGUUGCCGGCCGAAACCCCCGGCCACGGCGCAAACGGAGUCUUUGUCUACAGGACCAUCGAGGAUCUAGAGAAGCUCAUAGCCUUCGGAGAGUCACGUAAGGGGACUGUCGGCGCCGUCGUCGGCGGUGGCUUGCUAGGCCUCGAGGCAGCGAACGCCCUGAUGGACCUGAAAUGCUUUGAAAAGGUCAAGCUAAUAGAGAGGAACCAAUGGGUACUUAGCCGACAGCUCGAUGUCGAAGCUGGAAACCUAGUUGUCGAAAAAGUCACCAAUCUCGGUCUCGACGUCUUACUUGGCAAGCGGGUAGGAACGAUUAAGACGGAUGAGGAGAAUAAUGUCAUAGGCGUGAUUUUUGACGACGGCGAAGAGAUGGAUUGCUCUACGGUUUGCUUCGCCAUCGGUGUGCGACCUCGCGAUAGCCUAGCUAGGAGCGCGGGUCUCCUAUGUGCGGACCGAGGCGGCGGGAUCCUCGUCAACGACGACCUAAGCACGACCAUCCCCGGCAUUUACGCUAUCGGCGAGUGUGCGAGCUGGCAGAACCAGACUUUCGGCCUCAUCGCCCCCGGCGUCGAGAUGGCUGAUGUUCUAUCCUUUAACCUCACGCAAGCCAAGCUCCACCAGCCGAGACGUUUCAAGCGGCCUGAUUUGAGCACCAAGCUCAAGUUACUGGGCGUCGAUGUUGCCAGCUUUGGCGACUUCUUUGCUGAUAGAGAUGGCCCCAGUUCCUGGCCAGUGAGAGCGGCAAGAAGGAAGACGGAAGACCAGAGCGCUGCCGGCGGGCCUCAGGUUAAGGCCCUUGUUUACAAAGACCCCUUCGCUCAAGUUUAUAAAAAAUAUCUAUUUACCGCCGAUGGUAAAUAUCUGCUCGGCGGUAUGAUGAUUGGCGAUACGAACGAUUACAUAAAACUGGUGCCCAUGGUCAAGAAUCAGAAAGAGCUAGAAAUACCUCCGGCGCAACUCAUCCUCGGUGCGAAGAAAGAAGGUGACGACGGCACCGACGACCUCGAAGACGACACCCAGAUCUGCUCUUGCCACAACGUUACGAAGGGAGACAUCGUCAACAGCAUUAAAGAUGGCGCCUGUAAGACUGUUGGCGAGGUUAAGGCGUGCACCAAGGCUGGUACUGGUUGCGGCGGUUGCAUGCCACUCGUUACGAGUAUCUUUACCAAAACCAUGAAGGAGAUGGGCGCCGAGGUGACUAACUACCUGUGUGCCCAUUUUAACUAUUCUCGAGUCGAUUUAUAUAACAUCAUCAUGGUAAAGAGACUCAAGACUCUCGCCGAGGUCAUGCGGGAAGUAGGAAGCGACAAAGACUCAGACGGCUGCGAAGCUUGCAAACCCGCGCUGGCUAGCAUCUUCGCGUCGCUAUGGAACAAGCACGUUAUGGACAAGACCACGCACGGCCUGCAGGAUACCAACGAUCGAUUCCUGGGAAACAUCCAACGGAACGGCACCUUCUCCGUGGUUCCUCGCGUAUCCGCCGGGGAGAUCACGCCAGACAAGCUCAUCAUCAUCGGCGAAGUUGCCAAGAAGUAUAACCUGUACACCAAGAUCACCGGCGGACAGCGCAUAGACAUGUUCGGGGCUAAGAAGCAAGAUCUGAUCGAUAUCUGGAGCCGGCUGGUGCAAGGGGGCAUGGAGAGCGGACACGCCUAUGCGAAGUCGCUACGGACCGUUAAGAGCUGCGUGGGGACGACGUGGUGCCGGUUCGGUGUUGGCGAUAGCGUAGGCAUGGCCGUCAGGCUCGAGGAGCGGUAUAAGAGCAUCCGGGGUCCUCAUAAGAUAAAAGGCGGCGUGAGCGGCUGCGUGCGCGAGUGCGCCGAGGCCCAGAGUAAAGAUUUCGGACUCAUCGCGACGGAGAAGGGCUUCAACAUCUUCGUCGGGGGCAACGGCGGCGCGAAGCCGAGGCACGCGGAGCUCCUGGCCAAGGACGUGGCGCCGUCGGAGGUGGUCCCGAUCCUCGACCGGUACCUGAUGUUCUACAUCCGGACGGCGGACAAGCUGCAGCGGACGGCGAGGUGGAUCGAGAGCCUGCCGGGGGGGCUGAGGUACCUGCAGCAGGUGGUGCUCGAGGACAAGCUGGGGAUCUGCGCGUCGCUCGAGGCGCAGAUGCGGGAGCUCGUCGACUCGUUCUUCGACGAGUGGGCCGAGGCGGUCGGCAGCCCCGCGAUCGCGGCCAAGUUCCGGCAGUUCGCCAACACGGACGACGCCGUCGAGGCGAUGGAGACGGAGCGCGACCGCGGCCAGACGCGGCCGGUGCGCUGGCCGCGCGACGCCGCCGCCGACGACUUCGCCGGCCUGCGCCGCCGCUGGUCCGCCACCGCCUGGCAGCCCGUCGUCGAGGCGAGCUACUUCGCCGGCGCCGACGAGGCCCCCGGCGGCCUCAGCGCCACCAUCAAGCGCGGCGACACCCAGCUCGCGCUGUGGCGCGUCCGCGGCCGCUACUACGCCGCGCAGCAGAUGUGCCCGCACAGGCGGUCGUUCGCGCUGUCCGACGGGCUCAUCGGGCAGGACCCGGCUCCCGCCCUCUCCGCCGCGCCCCCCUCGGCGCCGUGGGUCUCGUGCCCGUUCCACAAGCGCAACUUCGACCUCGGCGACGGCAGCUGCCGCAACGACGCGGCGCUGUCGAUCGCGACGUUCGAGGCGGAGGAGCGGCCCGCGGCGGCGGGCGACGGCGGCGCGCCCAUGGUCUACGUCAAGCUGCCGCCGGUCGCGGAGCUCGACGCCGCGCUGGGCACGUCGCGGUGGAUGGUGCGCAAGGGCGAAGGGUGCGGCGGCGGCGGCGGCGGCGGCGGCGGCAGCGCCGGCGAGUUCGACGAGCUCGACCGCAAGAUCGGCUUCAAGGGCCGCCGCGCCAAGAAGCCCGGCGUCCGGCCCACGGCGGACUCGGACGCGCGGGCCCAGACGCGCGGGCCCCUCGAGGUCGCGACGCCGACGACGGCGGGCGGGUGCGGCGCCGCGCCGGAUUGGUAGGCGGGCAGGCUGGCUGCGGCGGGAAAGGGAGAGAGAGGAUCGGGCCGUA